UAACAAAUAGUUUAAAAGAUCAUCUUAACUACUAUAUCGUUUAAUUGAGCCUGUAUAAAAGUAAAAAAAGCAACAGAACUCAAUUACCAUAUCGAUGCCUCAUAAACUCAAUUCCUGCAUUCGUUUGUAAAAUAAAAUAAAAAAUACUUUUAAUGGUAUUCUUUUUGAAUUGACAUUUUUGUAUAUUAGUCAUUUGACUUUAAAAAAUGAUAUCUGACGCAUUAUGCGAUUUGGAAAAAUGUGUUGACACGGCUGGGACACAAUUGGAUUCGCUGGCUCACAAAAUAACUGAUGUCGAAAAAAAUUUGGAUGGAAAUGACAUGGAUGGUCUCGAAAGUGGUAUGAUGGAAUUGCUGGAAUCAGUAACCGAGGUGAAAAAUGAAUAUCAAAAUCUUCGAAAGGAUCUUCAGGAAGUGCAACAAUUACAAAAAGAAAUGACAUAUUCGCUAAGGUAUCAAUUACGUACAAUGACGCAGACAUUUCACAUUUUAAAAAAGAAAAUUGAGGCGAAUAAUCUGAAUAUAACAUCACUUCCUCCUCCACCCACAACAUCAACAAAGCAGAAUACUUCAGAAAGCAUGGAGAGUUCAAUAACAACGCUAAGCCAAACUACGAAUUAAUCUUUGUUGAUGUUUAUCCUUCAUUAUUUAGCUUUAUCAUGCGAAUUUUUAUUAUAAACCUUGGGUUAGUUUUCCAAAGUAUGAAUUGAAUUGAUAAUAAUGCUGCCAAAAGUGACAUGGCUAGGCCAAAUAGUUUGUAGUAAUUUUUUUUAUCGUUCACUGUUUCGGUGUAAAAUAUUGAUUUUAACAUUAUGGUGGUACCGUUAAGAGCCGGUUGCUAAAUUUCAUCUACUAUGAGCAAACCAUUUUCUUAUAAAGAUUCUUUCUAACUAGAUCGCUUGUUGUUAAUUGAUUGAGUAGUAUUCAUUUAUCGUAAUUAAAUUUAUAACAGCCUCAAAUCGCAUGAAUGCAAUAAAUAAUGUAUUUGAACACAAAAGUAUAUUAUAAAACACAAGGGUGAAAAAUCGUAAAGUUGAAAAAUAGAUAUCAAAGAUCAUUAAAAAGGUCACAUAAUUCCGAUUUGACUACAAAUCCAUUCAAGCUAUGUCUGUUGAAGGUCAAGCGCAAACCACAUAACUUUCAUCAUAACUUGUGGAUAAUAUUUGUCAAUUAUUUAACAAAUACAUGUAGAUACAAUCAAAUGCGAAUGAAUCUCAUCUAUUUAGUGUGAUGAAUGCUAUCUUCACAUAUAUAAAAAUAGUAGUAACGUUCUACACAGUUUGAAUGUAUAUAUAAAACAAAGUCUUGGCAUUACAUUCCUUUCGUGAAAUUUGUACUUUCUGUUUCAACAGAUUUCGCAGCCGAUUCAAAGCCUACAGAAUCAUUGCAUGACUAGUACUACGAUCCUACUGUCACGAAGAAUCCUUCCAGGUGUUGGCUGGAACAUAAGAUAACUGACUUGUAAGACCAGUGCCCUAUGCAUUGAACUGCCAACAAAUGCGAUAAUUCUUGAUUACGUUCGUAUCGACCAUACGACGAACGGAUACUUUCGAACGAGUACGAAAAAACCAUUCUUGUUUUAACUCGAAUGAAUUCGAACAAGACCCGCCACAAAAUAUUUAAAUAUCAGUAAACUUCUUCAAACAAAUGCUAAGCCAUGAUUAAAUCACUCCAAUUCUUUCGAUUAACCAGAGAAACGCUAGAAUGUAUGCCGAAACGAUUUCGAGCGAUUUCGAAGUCCUAUUCUCGUUUACAGACGAAUAAACGAAAUGCCGUGAUUUGGAUUUGUCAGGUUAGUGUUGCGAAUCAACCGUUCGAACACAUUGGAAACAGUUCAAUCAAUUUCUUUUCGAAUGUAGUACUUUAUUUUAUAUGAAAUGCAUGAUUUUACCAAUGUAAUAAAAAAGUAGACUAUCGAAAACAUGACAAAAUUGCAAGAAAAAUGCAACAAAUUUUUUGCAGAUACAACUGAUCGGACUGCUAUUUUCAAUACUUGUUUUUUCACUUUGCACGGACGCAAAGUCGGGCUGGUUUGAACGCUUGUUUGUGUUCGCUCCUGGGCUUCUGUCACUUCUAUGUAUGAAAUUCAAGUAAAUGGUGUUACUAUUUUUGAAACUGCUGCUUGAAAUAUACUUUGCGAUGUCAUUAAAAUUGCUUCUAAUCACAGUAGGGCAUAUUAAAAUUAGUUUGAAAUUGAUUUGCAAUUCUCACACAUCUCAUAUACAUCCAAACUAAAAUUUCAAGUAUCUAUUGUUGCUGUUUAGUGUCUUUUCCAUGCACAUGAGUUACUGCACAGGUUCAAGAAGAGAAGAAAUUUCUCAGCAUAGCGCUGAGAUUUGAUUUUCUCUGUCACGUUUGGCUCUGUGAGAACUUGUUUCAUAUAUAAAAUAAACCUAGAUUGUAAUAGUACUGUAGUUGAGCAACCCGUGACACCAAAAGCGCCGUCUGGUGUAGAAUGGGUGCGUAAAUGCUCCUAAAAUGCAUGUACAAAGUUUGCGCAGGGAACAACCAUGUGAGGCGUAUUUCCUGAGUAUUGCUAUAUUAACUUUGUCUUGUCCACUUUAGUUUAUCAGUAACGACCACUUGCUCAUUUAAAAGUUAAUUCAACUUUGUUAUGAAUAUAUACCAAAUUCGUUACUGAUACUUUUUGCAAGUAUUAGGCAACUAGUAGUCGAUUCUGAGAUGAUUAUGAUUUCCAUUGGUUUAGUUUUUAAUAAAAAUACACUGAAAAAAUCAAUAUAGACAAGCAAGUUUUUUUUCAAUUUUUUCUCUUUAAAAGUGUUUAACUUGAGAUUUCGACGAUAAGUAGGGAACAUUGCCUAUGUAGAAAUAAAAUUUCAUCGAAAUCAAAGAUUUUUUUUGUAGGAGUAGGAGUCGAUCAAAAAUAUUUUAAAUAUUUUUAUUCAAAAAUUUGACUAACUUGCUAAAAAUCACUCUUACAGCAUUUUUUUGUGACAUUUGUCAUUCUUAGAUUGUAGUAAUUUGAAAUUGGUAAAACAAGUUUGACCUUUUUUAAAAGACAGUCUAGAUAAUUUUUGGAAAAAAAAACAAAGUAUGCCAAGUGGUUUUUUGUAACAAAGUCAGAAAGUUGCAAUAAACGCCCUUAUUCUGAAUAACCACGCAUUGAUUUUUCGAUCGAAUGUGGUUCGAUCGAAUCAUAGCUACCUUUGAUUUUGCUAGCGUUAUGGGGAAUACAAAUGAAAUACGAGGGAAAAAACGAUACGACGUUAUUCACAAUAAGGGCGAAAAUCUGAGAGGAUGCUGCCAGCAUUUUUUCGAGUUGGCGCGAAAUUCGUCUUUAAGAGACGUAACCAAUAAAACGCGUUUUUUACUGAUCAAUUUAAUCAGAGAUGGGUAAAUCGAUUUUAACGAAUUUAAAGCUUGCUUCAGAUAGAAUUGGAACAAAGACAAUUACCUGUAUUUUAUUUAUUUAUUAUUAAAUUCAAGAUCUUUUUUUAUACAAAUGUAGCGUUUCUUCAUAUUUUUAAGAAAAAAAUACGGAUAAAAUUAUUCGUCACGGUUUCGAAGGAAUUCUCGAAUUUAACACGAAUGUAGCACGGCUCAUUAGGCGGCGCACACCUUCUUCGUUCAUCGUUUUAGCUAUCUUAUUCCACCAGGUCGUCAUCUGAUUGAUGUCUUUGGCAACCUUUCCCUUUGCCUUGAGUCUCCUCUUCAUGAUUGUCCAGUAUUUCUCAAUAGGGCGGAACUGGGGGCAGUUGGGUGGGUUGAGGUUUUUCGGAGCAAACUGAACCCCUUUCUCUGCAUACCAUUCUUGAACGACUUUUCUGUAAUGACAGCUUGCCAAAUCUGACCAAAACAUUACGGGAUGGUCGUGGGAUCGAAUGAACGGCAAAAUUCGUUUUUGGAGAUACACUUUUUGGUAUAGUUCCGAUGUCAUUGUCUUAUUUGUAACGAAAACUUUCGUUUUUUUGCCACAGCAGCAAAUGCCCUACCAAAUCAUAAAUUUUCUUGCAAAUUUGUCGGCAAAAACAAAUUUAAAUUUGGAUGGAACAUCCCCCCGAGCCGUUGCCAAGUAAAAUUUUUGACCUGGGAUUUGCUCGAAGUCAGCCUGACAUAGGUUCAAUCGUCCAUCAGAAGACACCCGUCAAACUUGGUCAGCACCUGGUCAUAUAGUUUCCGAGCACGAAUUUUGACCACACUAUUCUGUUUUACCUUAUGAUCAAAAAAGAACCGGAAUUUUCAUUUUAAAAUUCCCGCGCUUGUCCAAUCGGUAAACUUUUAUUCUCUCAACAUUGGUAACACUUUUAUACACAUUCUGUCAAAUUUUGACGCAUAUCGUACGAUUAGUUUUUGUUUGGCGUUUGGCGGGAUCUCAUCAUGAUCCAAGCUUGUAUGACCACCUUUGAAGCGUUUAUACCACUCGUAUGCCUCCUAGACACGAUUCACCAAAGGCCUUUUCUAUCAUUUUCAACGUUUCGGAACACUUAAAUCAAUUUGCAACACAAAAUUUGAUGCACGCACGUUGUUCUAAAUUUUCAUCCAUUAUAAAAAUCGCCACACGAAAAUUUUUAAACUUCUUUGUAUAGACGCAAAACAAAAACUAAUCGUACGAUAUGCGUCAAAAUUUAACAGAAUGUGUAUAAAAGUGUUACCAACGUUGAGAGAAUAAAAGUUUACCGAUUGGACAAGCGCGGGAAUUUUAAAAUGAAAAUUCCGGUUCUUUUUUUAUCAUAAGGUACGGUCCGAUUUGGCUGUUUGCUAGCUCGAUACGACUUGAUUCCUUCCCGGAGUCGAGUUCUCCUCAAGGUACUAUGGGCAGCACCGAAUUUUCUGGCCAAAUCUCGGACCGACAAAUUAGGAUUCCUCUUAAUCGUCUUCAAAAUCUUACCACGCAGUCUCCGGUCGACAGUUUCACCGACGACACGACCUGCCACUCGACUAUCAAAACUGUAUCGAAAAUUUAACUAUCCCUCAGUAACUGGUAAUGUCAAAACAAAUUUGCUUGAAAAAAUGUUGGAACUGGCAACACAAGUUGGUAAGUUAUUGAUUUUGAAAAACAGUUAACAGUAGCCUUGGUAACUACAUAUGGAAUGUAAACAAAAACAAGAGAUUCUCACUUGCAAUGAAACUGAGUGUAGUUGGCCGCUGGCAGGUAUUAAAUUUAUUCUUUCAGAGAGUUUUGAGUAAUUUUUUUUUAAUUUGUAUCUUUUUAUAGCCAGUCAGAUACCUCUAGCUUCGGCUAUCAGCUCGAUGUUUCUUUCCAUAAUCUAAUUACGUGUCACAAUAUCAACAUCGUCAGCGAAGCCAAAGAGCUGUACGUACUUUCGGAAGAUCGUGUUGAUCCGCGCUCUUCGAAGCAAUAUUGAACAAGACACAAAAGAAUCCAAAACCUUGCCGUAGCCCUCUCUGAGACUUGAAACGACUCGAGAGCGUCCCAGAUAUUUGGACGUAGCAAAUUACUCUAUCCAUCGUUGCUUCGACCAAUCACGUCAAAUUAUACGGAAAUCCGCAUUCGUGCAUAAUCUGCCAUAGCGAUUGUAUCGUAUGUCGCUUUGAAGUCAAUGGCGCGUUGUAUUCUCGAAACUUCUGGAAUACUUGUCUCAUAACGAAUAUGUAAUUCGUAGUGGCGUACCGUACCGGCAACGAAUAUUAUUGACUAACAAAAAUUUGAUUUCGGUUGUUUAAGGCAAUAAAAAAUUCUCGUGUGUUAUCUUCAGAGGGAAUAUAUUCAUCUAACUAAGCAUUUAUCACUUUCAUAAUGUUCCCAGAAUUACAUUCCUCGUUUAAAGUUUUGCUCGAGCUUCCUGGUUUAAAGUUUUGCUCGAGCUUCCUGGUUAACUAGUCCACCAAGCCGAUUGAAUGUAGACUUUUUGAUAGCUCCAGGUGACCACAGUGUUUCUAUAAACUUGGUGGACAUAUCAGCAUUGUUUAAUAUUGUCAAAAAUUUUGAACGUGCCUGUUCAACGUCACUAGUUUGUAAUUGCCCUUGCUGGACUGAACUUUGAAGUGCCGAUUGGGCUAGAUCUAUGUAACCGGUAACCAGAUUUCAGAGGUGAUUUCAAAGCAUUUAUGAAGUCUGUUCCAAGCAACUAGCAGCGUUAUUAACAAUAGCACACACUCCGUCUAGUGAUUGCAUUCUAUUCGAACGUCGAAUGCACUUCCGAAUAAUGAAAAAUUGUAAAAUAUUUUUAAUAAUGAAAUGUGGAAUUAUUCCAUAACUAUUUCAAACUGUUUGUUUAUUUAUUCUGGUGCUCCUUGGUAACUUGUUCAUAGCAACUGAAACAGUGUUGCUCGAAUAGUUAGUUUUUGUCAUUUUCAAGGGGUCGCUAUAUUUAUGAUAACUAAUGGUUAAUCGCUCACGAACACUUUUUAUUCCGAUUUUUCUUCGGAGUGUCUGGUCGUGUCGUCGGUUUCACUCCGACGAUUGGCUUGAGUCUUUCGAAUCGUCGUCAAUGUUUCCUUAUACCGUUUGAUAACGCGCCAUACGGUAUUUCUGGACAAUUUAAGCUGUUUAGCUAGCCUAGAUGCAGAUCACAAUGGAUUUUCCAAAUAACUGUGCACAAUUGUUUUCCUUCUUUCGGCUUCCAUGUUGAUUGUUUACAAAGUACAGUCGAUUUGCGGAAUGUCAAAAAUCAUACGCGAAGCUGACAAAAUUCCCGACACGUGGCGCCAAGAACUUCCGAAUCCGUCCACCAGGAGCGCCACAAUAUGAGCAAAAGUUUCUUCCAAUUUUAAAUGAAGCAAGCUUUAGGCUCGUUUUAGAACUAAGGAGUGUAUCGAAAAGUAGUUAGCAACAUUGAUUAUUGAAUAAAAAAGCGAAAAAAAAAACAUAUUUUGACAUCAGUUUUCCGAAAUAUUGUAGAAAAAUUACAUUUUUAUGCAUUUCAUAUAUUAUAUUGAAGAAAAUCCUAGUUUCUGUGAAACCCUCGCCUUUUGGACUUGACAUUCUUCAUUAAAUUCUGCACAGUUACUUUUGUGACUAUCCUGAUGCCAGCUGUCCAGUUUUUUUAACUCCUUUAUUUAUUUAUUUAUUUAUCCUGCAUGUUUUGGGACACUGUACCUUCCUUCCGAAAGCCGCUUGACAAUUGCCCAAUACCUUUCAAUUGGCCGAAGAUCCGGGUAGUUCGGUGGGUUGAUGUCCUUUUCCGCGAACUUGCUGUACCAGGGACUUUUUCCGCACCUACUGUUUCUUGUACGUUUUCAGGGAGUUCUGAACUUUGAUCCGUUGAAUCAUCCCGAUGCUGGUGUUGAACUGCUUGGCCAAAUCCCGCGUCAACGCCUAUGAGUUUUUCCUGAUGUACUCAACCAUUUUUAAGUCCCGGCCGGGCUGGUUGGGACCCGUUUUCCUACCGGAUCGGGGCAAACCCUUCAUGGAAAGGGUCUUACCAAACUUCUCGAUAUUAUUUUUGACACUUUUGACAUUUUUGCAAUUUCGUUGUACGUGACACCACUUUCUGAGCACCAAGUGUGCAGAAUUUUCUUUCGCGUUCCCGGAUCAAUUCGACUCAUCAUUGAAACGAUAAACCGUACCGAAACCAAUCGAUUGCGCAGCUGUUAUUGGCAUGUAAACAAACAUGUCACAGCAAAACACGCUGCAAAAUAUUAAGCCAUUUCAGAGUAAUAACUGUUUGAAUGUUGCUAACUACUUAUCGAUACACUCGUUACUAUUGGGUCAUUGAUCAAGUUCGCAUAUCAAAUAGCUGUAAUUUCUGGUUCCGGGGAUAUAAGGGUAUAAGUGAAAAUAUAAUCGAUAAAAUGCGUUGUUUUUUAACGCUCAAUUUUCUCAGAUAUUGGUUUAGAGCUAUUGAUUUAGUUAGAAUAUCAAAUGGCUGUCAAUUAUUUUUCCGGAGAUAUAAUGGUAUAAAUGACGUAACCAACAAAACGUGUUACUUCUUUGCCGUUCAAUUUUCUUAGAGAUACGUGAACCGGUUUCAACAAACUCAGACUUGUUUCAAUGCUACUGUGUGUUCAUUAAACAAGUUUGAAGUCAAAUUGCUGUCACGCUUACGGUAAUAUCGUGGUAUAAGUGACAUAAACGUCAAUACUCAAUUUUCUUGAAAAUUAAUUGACUGAUAUCAAUAAUAUACACACUUAGAAAAUUUCGCUGAAUUCGGAAAUUUUUUACCGAAUUUUCAACAACUGAACUUUCGGUAAUCAGUUCGGUAAUUAAAUUGAUUACCAAUCGUUCGGUAAUUGCUGAACUGUCAAACAACUACCGUAAACUUUAAACCAAUUGGAUCUAACUGAUUGUUUGGUAAUUUUUCGUUUGUUUGUUUUCUUUUGGAUUUUCGAAUUUCAAAAAACAACACAAAUUCACAAAAACGAAUGAAGGUAAUUCCAACCUGUUGUGGCUAUGGUUUUAUUCCACAAAAAAGGGUCAAAUGUUCCGGCUAACCGGAAUUAUCUAUACUAUUGUUCUACUGUUUUAAAAACUUUUGUACCUGUACUUCAAUCCAUUCGAUGAACUCUUAAAGAUUUUUUUCGUUCGGUAAAUAAAAAGACACUUACUAAAAACUGUUUGACAGUUAGUUUCAUGACAAUCAGUUUUCACAGAAGUUCGGUUAUUGGAAAAUAAUUUUACCAAAGGGACAGUAUUUAUUUUACCGUACUCGGCGACUAUUUAGAUUUACCGUAUGAAUUGUAUAUCUAUUUACAAUCUGAAUAAAUGGGUGUAAGAAAUGAGCCCAAAUUAGUGUCAAAAAUUAUCUUGAUAAAAAGGUAAAAAUAUUUUAAUGAGACUGUUUCGAUAAAAGAGAAAGGCAUUAUCACACCACUAGCUGGAUUAAGAAUAGGUGUUAUGAAUAAUUUAUAAAUGCAUGAUAUAAUGGCUAGUCCACUGUAUUUGCGAAUGUCAGAAAAUUGGUAAAAAAAAGAUCUUCAAGUUUCGCGAAAAGUACAUUUUUAACCAAUCCGGCAGCACAAUGCAUAACGCGCUGAGUUUGAAAGGCGGUUUUCAUAUGUUCGAGUUCCAGCCUGAAAGGAUUCUUAGUGUCAGUAGGAUCGAAGCACCAGCCAUUAAAGAAUUAUGUACGCUAUGAAGUACGCCUGCGAAAUCUGUUGAAACAGAAGGUCAAAUUCCACGAAAAGGAAUAUAAUACCAAUGCUUUUUUACAUUUUCAGCAAAAAGUUGAAGACAUCUCCGAAUAGGUGUAUUCAAACGAGCGUACUAUUGUUGAACUUCCAUUCAUUUCCGACAAAAUUGAGCUGGAAGAACAAUGUGAGUUUUGUCGGUUACGUUACUUAUACCAUUAUAUCUUUGGAAACGGAAGUGACGACCGUUUGAUCAGACUCAAUAUUAUAUUUUAAACUACCUUGCUACCGAAAGGGAUUAUUUCGCCGAAAACCACUAAUAAACGACAAAUGAGAAAUAAUAAUGAUUACUCCCAUUUUGUUGAACUGCAAUCGUACUUCUGAAAUAAUCCAUAAGGACUUGAAUGAUUUUUUUGUCGUGAAUACGACUUACUUUACUAUGGGACGCUUUUUCAAAAUUAGCCAUAUGGAAGAAUGGGCAGAACUUAAUCAUGAAUAUCUCGACUUGUAUUAAUGGCAGCAACAUAAUUCUUUCACUAUUUCAUCAAAAAUAUGAUCAGGAAUUUAGGAUAAUAUUUUGAACAGUAUGAGAUAAUCAUUUAUUAUACUCUUUGUAUUUUCUCAUAAUAAAACAUUUCAAGAAUCUUCUGUGAAAUUUUCAAGCCUAUCGGAAAAAAAACUCGGCAAGUUAUGGGUCUUUAUCUUUGCUUAUCUCAUACUGCGAAGAGAAGAUAAGUGCUCGGCACACAGGUCCAAGAUUUCUGCUUCGAUAGACUUAAAAACUUGACAAAACAUUCUUGAAAUCAUUUAAGGGUUAGUAAAAUUUUGUGCUAGGGCACAUAACCGUUUUUAUUAUUUUUACGUUUCGUCUUUGACUCAUCAGUGCAGAGUAGUUCAAGUUGAACUGCUUAGUGCUAAACUUGGCAGUUCAAUUUGAACCGCUAAGCAGACGUGAAGUUUCUGCUACUUACAGAACACUUUUUGUUUUGCAACGGAGUGCAAUGUCUUUUCUGACGUGCCGAACGAAAACGUUUUUUCGACUAUUUCUGGCCGAUGCAGGUUUGGUCAUUCAGGGGUUAGUAAAAUUUUGUGCUAGGGCACAUAACCGUUUUUAUUAUUUUUACGUUUCGUCUUUGACUCAUCAGUGCAGAGUAGUUCAAGUUGAACUGCUUAGUGCUAAACUUGGCAGUUCAAUUUGAACCGCUAAGCAGACGUGAAGUUUCUGCUACUUACAGAACACUUUUUGUUUUGCAACGGAGUGCAAUGUCUUUUCUGACGUGCCGAACGAAAACGUUUUUUCGACUAUUUCUGGCCGAUGCAGGUUUGGUCAUUCAGGGGUUAGUAAAAUUUUGUGCUAGGGCACAUAACCGUUUUUAUUAUUUUUACGUUUCGUCUUUGACUCAUCAGUGCGGAGCAGUUCUAAUUGAACUGCUUAUUGCUAAACUUGUCAGUACAAUUUGAACCGCUGAGCAUACGUAAAGCUUCUGCUAUUUGCAGAAUAGUUUUUAUUUUGCAACCAAGCGCAAUGUCUUUAUUAACGUGCCGAACGAAAACGUGUGUUCUUACCAGUCGUGUCGAUUCGCGCUCAUAUAAUCACAUUCCAAAGCAAUAUUGAACAAAAGAAAAGAAAGUCUAUCCCCUUGCCGUAGCCCUUUUCGAGAUUCGAAGGAAUCCAAGAGCGUCGGACGUAACAUCAUUGUUGCUUUGACCAAUCGCAUCGGUUUAUCUGGAAAACCGUUUUCGUGCAUCAUCUGCCAUAGCUGUUCUCGAUCGAUUGUGUCGUGUGCCGCUUUGAAGUCAAUGAAUAGGUUAUGCGCGGGUACUUUAUAUUCGCGACACUUCUGGAGUACUUGGUACGGCCCUACGAAUCCCUUAGGUGAUAUCCUUUUGUGAUAGACAACUCUCCUCCAUGUUUGAGCAGCUCUUCUGGCAAAUGGUCAUUGCCCGCGGAGUUGUCGUUCUUCAGCUUGCCGAUCUCCUCCUUUAUCUCCGAUAGAUCAGGUGCUGGGAAUCUGUCGUCGGCUGAAAUAUCAAGGGGAACGUGCCAUUUGAGCCAAUUUGUUCUGAUUCUGAUUCAGUGUAUCAAAUACGCAGUUCAACUGUUCCAUUGCUUCGCAAUUACCAUCUUCCUGGUGGCGCUUUUUGAUGUAAAACACAUCUUUGUUUUCUAUAUUGGGGUGCAAAUUAGAAAUGCAAUGGUAAAUACAAGUAGAAAUGUGGUAAGCUUUUGAACACUUACAGCUCAGUUACUUUGGUUUCUAUCAGUAAUAUUAAUUCACCAAUUGAUUGGAAAUAUUUCUACGCAUUUAUUUGAAUGUUCAUAGCCAUGUAUUUUCAAUUAUAUAUUAACGAGUCGUGGCUCGUGGGUUUCAAAAAAUAUAUUUUUAUUCACAUUGACUCUUAACUAAUUACAAACGUCUUACUUCUACGCGUACACGAACUGUACUCCUCAACUGAAAUCAAUUAACUGCCUCUCCUAAGCCCGAUCAUGGCUUUACCUGCGCUAACCUAUUCUGCUGAUGCACGCGUCUCAUCGAUAUCCUGCUGAUGUGGCGGUGGACUUCCGUUCUUCUUCCAGGGAUCGUCGCUCGUCGUUGCUAUGGUCGAUCUGUCUAGUCAGCGUUUCUUGCUGUAGGCACCCGUGUGUUUCUGGUGUUGUUACUAAUGAAGUUCUGUUGGGUCAGCAGUUAUUAUGGACGGGAUCAUUGUAUCUCCUCCGGGGGGUGAAAAAGCAUGUCCUCAUGCGUCCUGAUUUUGUUGAUUUGCCUGUGAUGAGCUUUUGGUUCGUCUUUUCUUCACGAGUUUAAUAAUAAUUUUGUAUAAUAGUUUUCGGUGAUAGAGGAAAGCAUAAACAGAAAUCGUAAUGGUGAAUAUCAUUGAGAUGGAGAUUCCACCGAGCAGACUCCAAUUCCAUAAUUGACUUUUGAAUUGCAUCAGGUAGACGUGUUCCAAUUUCUUCCUGUUGGUUAUUGUCAUGUUGUUUAUCAAUUCCAGGACGUUUUCCUCCGAUUGUUGAUCUAUCAAAAGGUUGUGCAUUGCUCCUUGUAGAAUUUCCGACGUUAUUGCUUUUGAAUACGAUGAGAAAGUUUGAUUUUUAUAAUUAAUGGAGCAAUUUGUAAAAGAUAUCAAAAUAUUUUCGGUUAUGUUCCGAUCAUCUGGACCGCAGUUUGACUGCAACAGAUCAUUUUUAGCAUUGCUUAUGAGUAGCAGAUCGUCUGUUAAAAAUUGUGUCUUAGUUUGAGGUGAUUCUUUCGUUAUGCAUUUACCGCGUCGUCCUUCUAUUAGGGGUUGUAUACAACUGUCGGAGAACUGGUUAAUGAAUGUUUUUUGUUGGAUGUAUUCAUCUGGUUUUGUCGUCAAGUAUAAGGUUUUUCUCGUUUUUAUCAGAUAAUUUGGGUGGGAUUCGUACGAUGUACAAUAGUGUUUCAUCGUUGACGGCUAUUAUUGGUUUUACCAAACUGAGCGCCUCAUCUGGAAGCUCUGUUCUUAUGCCUUGAUCAUCAAGGAUAGAUUUAACAAUUGAUAUUUCAUUCCAUGAAAGAAUUUUGUUGCUGGUUAACGAGAUUUUGGAUAGUAUGACGGCGUCUGAAAUGUCUUCUAAAAGUUUAUUGAUGAUGUCUAUUUUCAUUAUCGUGACGAUGGUGUCUAUCUCAUUUAAUACGAGUUUGUUUGCUGCUUUGUUCUCCGUCACUUCUUUAAUGGCUUUUGUAACUGCUUUGAGGCGGUUUCCGAGUUGCUCAUUCACUUUAUACUGUUGGUUGUUACUGCUUAUCAGCUCGUUCAUGGUUUGGUUGAUAAUUCUUAGGUCCGUUGCGUCUGGACUUCCACCUAUCCACUUCCAUAUUGUUCCGAUCGAUUCGAGACUUCUAACUCUGCGAUUCCUAGGCAUAAUUUCUAAGAAAUUUGAAUGAAGUUCUCUAAUUUUGUGUUUUGCUAUUUGGCUUAAGUAAUUAUCAGACUUUGAAUAAAUUAGAUUAGACAAGAGAUUUAUGGUACUUUCCAAAUCUGUUAUAUUGAUUGGAUGUAUCAUAUUUAUAGUAUCUGUUUGUAUU